CAUCAUGAGUUUGGAAAUCACAACCUUAUCUGUAAAAAAAAGGCGAAAAUGGAGUUCGGCGAAACAAUGGUUACGAUAUCACGGAAAAAGAAACUAUAUGAUGCUGCAACAACGGGCGAUAUAGCAGCAUUCCAAACACUUGUGCAACAAGAUCCAUCUCUUGUUGAUCAAGUUUCAUUUGCACGUUCAAGAAAUCUCCUUCACAUUGCAGCUGCAAGUGGGCAGGUUGAGAUUGCCAGAAUGCUGUUAACCGUAGCCCCCGAUGAGAUGUGUUGGUGGGUCGAUGAUCAAGGCAUGAACCCGGUUCAUAUUGCAGCCAUGAGAGGGCAUGUUGGGGUCUUGGAGGUUCUGCUUGAACAUGACUUAUCUCCUGCUAGGGAGAGACUGCAUCGCGGUCAGACUGUGUUGCACUUGUGCGCAAAACAUGGUCAGGUUCAGACGUUGAAGUUUUUGGUGGAGAAAUUGGAAAGUCUUGUACCAGUGAAGGAUGAUGAUGGGGAGACAGUCUACGAUUUGGCUGUUAGAUGCGAUCAAGAUGAAAUGACAAAAUAUUUGAUUGAAAACGUCACAAUCCAUCCAUCAACUCAUUUCGUGGUGGCCAAAGAGAUAAGCGGCAUGGCCAUGGUAGUGGUGGGCCUGAUAGCCGCGAUGGCAUUCAGCGCGGCAGUCAGCCCCCCCGGGGGCGUGUGGCAGGACGACACGUCAUCACACAGAGCCGGCAAAGCAGUGAUGGCAUCAUCUCAUCCCAAACUAUACAAACUCUUCUCUCGUGCUAACACCACCGCUUUCGUUUCAGCUCUCUUGGUAAUCUUUCUCCAGACCAUAAAUGCGCCAAAUAGAUUAGAAAUAUUCUUUGUGGUCAUAUUGUAUGCAACGCUGGUGGCGAUGGCAUCUAUUGGAGUGAGUUAUGGUGCUUCCGUAAUCAUUACAAAUCCUGCGGAAACACAAACAGUUGGCCAUACUAUUGCUGUAGUAUCCGCUGGGUUCGGAGGCAUCUCUGUGUUAGUAAUUGUCUGGUUUACUAUAACGAGUUUGUACUCUAAGUGGAAGACACUGAAACUUCAGCAUCCACAUCUUACAAUCAUUGAUCGACUCUUUCGCAUUUUUCAUGAGUUUUAUCGUGAAAAUGCAAUCAUAACUCCUCCUAAUGCAAUUGUAUCAUUUUUGAAAGACUCAAUAAGAAAUCUCGUGAAUGUAACACGGCGUUGAAAGGAGGACGCCAAGUAUUUGAAUGAUGAAGAUAUAUUGGGUUGAAUUUGAAAGGAAAGUUAGUAGAAUGUGUGACUCAUUUUUUAUAUAGUACUAGUUUU